AUGUUGCCACUCACUUAAGUAAUCAGAAGUCUAUUUCAUAUUAGAAUAUUUACCAUAGAUAGUCAACUUCCUUAUUGUAAAAGCAUUUUGAAACAAGAAAAAAUUCUCCUGUAACUAUCAUCAGAGCUCCUGCUCUACCUAAUAAGUAACCUAUUAGUGGAUCUACUUUGUGUAUAAGAACUCCUUAUUCUGAUAUUAAAUUACGAAUGUUUACAUAGGUUAUUUAUACUCUUAUUUUAAGUAAGCUGAAGAAUCGAAGUUCAAUUCUACAAUGAAGCAAGAUGAUUCAUUAAAUUAAUAGGUGAGUUCUCUAGUAGAUAUAAAGACAGAUAAAUUAAGUUGCACCAAAACAACUGUAGCAGAGAGUAUAGAAGAAGAGAAACAAUAAGUUAAAAGUAAUUUUGUAUAUUAAUUAGCUCAAAGAAAAUGUUGUAAAAUAAUCAAAUCUAUAAAUGUAGAAAUAAUUACUAGAUCGUGAUUUGGAAAUCAUUUAAUUAUAAAGAACUAUAAAAAUUCUAAAAGAUUAAAAUGUAAUUAUUAAACUUAAAAUAGAAAAAACUAAUAACCGAAAAUUCUGUUUUGACUAAAGAAAAUAUUUAAAUGAAAACUAAGAUUGAUUCUCUUGAAAAAAGGAUUGAAGGAUCUCCAACGCAUGCUAGAAUAUCAGAAUAUAUAUCUGCUUUAACAGAAGUUGACAAAAUUAAAAUAGAGUCACUUUUAAACUGA